AUGGAGGUCAAGGAGGCUCUGGCGCGCUCGUGCGCCGCGGCGGCACCUGGCGCCGACGACGAAGGCGGCGACGACGCGUGCGCUGGCGAGGGCCCGGAGAACGUGAACGCCGCGCAAUCCACGGCGGCGGUCGAGAUCUCCGGGAACGAAGCCGAUGACUUCCGAGGCGGCGAGGAGGAGACCGGUGAGUGUCGGACCGGCGAGCGGGAGGUCGCCGAGGUCGGCGUGGCGGCGCACGCCAUGUGUGCAGACGCCGCGCGUCGAGACGACGUUGCGGACCCAGAAAGAGCAGCCAAUGGCGCAAACAGUGAGGUUGAGAAGAAGAAAAGGAAGAAAAAGAGAGACCACGAUGGGCGGCGCAGUGAUGUGGAGGCCACGGAGAACGCAGGUGACGACAAAUACGCUGAAGUGGACGAGGUGAGCGUUGCUUAUGCGCCCGUUGACUGCCACGACGGCAACGAAGAGGCGGAGGAGUCCCGGGAUGGCGAAGUAGCGGCCGUGGAGGAAAGGAAAGACGAAGACAACGCAGGAAGUGACGACGGCACUGGAAACUGGGAAGGAGUAGCCAAUGGUGGUGCAGUGGACAAAGAAGACGAACUCGCACAGCAUGGAGGCGUCAGCGGCGAGACAGCCCCAAAUACAAAACGCGAACCGAAGAAGAACGUUAAGAAGGAUGGUGGUCAAGAAAAGAACGGGGUAGAGAGUAAGAAGUACGAGAGUGAGGAUGACGAAGAAGAGGCAGCCUCUGAUGAGGUGGCUCCAACGGCAGCCGCCAACGAGGAUGAGUCAGCUGACGGCAAGAACAAGAAAAACGCGGAGGAGGCUAACAACGACGGGGAUUCAAGCAAGGCUCGGCAAGCAGAUACCGAGGAUGCCGACACUGAUCACGAAAAGGAACCAGACGUCAACAACAGUAAAAGAGCAGGCAACCACAGACAGCGGCAACAAGGCGAGAAAGCGUCGGACGCUGAGGACAAGACGAGCUCAAGAAACGGAGGUCGCCAGCAUUUAACGACUACCACCUGGAGGAGUGGCCGCCACCCCGACGUGGCUGGUCCUGGCGGCUACAACGGAAAAACACGACACAGCGAGUGA